UCACGUUGUCGCACAGUUGUAUAAUCAGUCAACAUGGCCGCGUCCAUCAGACUGCUGGUCCGGAGGGUGAUACGUCUGUCUCAUGGAAAUAUUACCGGACCCCCUGCAGGACUCUCAGCCCGGUCCGGUUCCUGUCGGGGUCCGUCGGUCUGUCGGUGUUUCAGUGAUGCAGCCGGAGACAGAAACACACACUUUGGAUUCGAAACGGUGCCAGAGACGGAGAAGGCGAAGAAAGUCUAUAAGGUGUUUGAGAAUGUGGCAGAGAAGUAUGACGUCAUGAACGAUGCCAUGAGUCUGGGGGUUCAUCGUCUGUGGAAGGACAUGCUGCUGCACGUCAUGCACCCACAGCCUGGGGUGCGGCUUCUGGAUGUUGCAGGAGGAACAGGUGACAUUGCCUUCCGAUUUCUGGAGUAUGUUCGCUCCCAGCAGGAGCGGCAGCAGAGGCGUGCCGCCAGGUCCAUGCAGACGCCAUCAUGGGAGGACAUUUCCUCGAAUUACUCCUCUGAGGAUGUGAUUGAGUCCCAGGAAUCCAGUGCUGUGGUUUGUGACAUCAACAAGGAGAUGCUGAAAGUGGGAAAGCAGAAAGCUGACGGCAUGGGGGUCAGCGCUGGUCUGUCGUGGGUGGUUGGAGACGCAGAGGAGCUGCCCUUUGACGAUGACCAGUUUGAUAUUUAUACCAUCGCCUUUGGCAUUCGAAACGUCACACACAUAGAUCAGGCACUGCAGGAGGCUCUGCGGGUCCUGAAGCCUGGCGGCAGGUUCAUGUGCUUAGAGUUCAGCAAAGUGACGAAUCCCAUGUUGGCAAGGCUUUAUGACGCUUAUAGUUUCCAGAUGAUCCCAGUUUUGGGAGAGGUGAUUGCAGGAGACUGGAAAUCUUACCAGUAUCUGGUAGAAAGCAUCCGCAAGUUCCCGGAUCAGGAGGAGUUUAAAGGAAUGAUUGAGGAUGCAGGUUUCUACACUGUGCAAUACUACAACCUCACUGGUGGAGUUGUGGCUCUUCACUCUGGUUUCAAGCUGUGAGACGACUCCUCUAACACCUCGUGUAGAAGAAACGUGAUCAGAAAGACUGGCUUUGAGUUUCAGGCUCGUGACAGACUGUCUCCUAAGUGUUCAGGCAUGGAUUCCUGAGCUUCUCUCUGCAGAGUCAGAGGUCAGUGUAUGUAUUGACAGUUUUUUUUCCUGUUUCAAGUUCACAUGUCCUUUUUGCAGCUGUUGUAAAACUGCACUUCAUAAUUUAAGUUUGAUGAAUGCCACAUUAAAACAUGAGAUAUCACUGUAUCCGUGGCGUCAGUGUUUGGGAAACUUGUGAGUUAAACCACGAGUGGAGUAGCUGUGGAAUACUUUUGUAAAUCGGAGUUUUGUUUGAGUAAUAAAAUUUAAAAAAAA